AUGGACCAAUCCAUAGAGGGUGCAUUUCGGCGUCGCGCACAAAGACGAAGGGUUUUUCUCCAACUCGCGCCACUGAUGGAAAAGCAGGACACACAUUUUCGCCUCGGUGUGCCCCUCCAGCAGAGGGUUGCUAUUGCAGUACGGAAGCUGGCAACAAAUGCAGACCACAGUAGCAUCUCUCACUUGUUUGGAGUUAGUCGCUCAACUGCCUAUGCUGCCAAACUCAAAGAAAUGGAGGGCAGGUGGCGCUGCCUCCUCAAAAGAAAUGACUGCAAGACAGGCCUGGUCAGAUCUAUGAUACUCACAUGUUGUGUGCUCCACAAUCUGUGUGAGAGCCAUGGUGAGGACUUCAAAGGGGACUGGGAAAAUCCUGUGCACAUCGACCAGCCUCAUGCUUGA